UGACCGAGGGCGCUGCAUGCUGGAGGCAGCAGCGCACUUUCUCUCUCUCUCACUUUCCCCGGAGCGCGUUUCCUUCAGUCUGCGUGUUUUGCUCGAUGGAGGCUCCGGAGCAGUUCCCGGUUUUCUUCGAGGUCCCCCCAGAUGUGGACGCGGAGCAGCGCCGGCGGAUCCGAAACUAUUUCCAGAUUCGCCGCAGGUCCGGAGGAGGAGAGUGCGGCUCCGUCACGCACAUCGGCGACAACGUUCACUGCGUGUUGUUCAAAGAGCGAGAAGCUCAGCAAAGAGUCCUGCAGAGAGGUGAACAUGUGUUGGAGUUCGCAGGUGGUUCUCUGGUGCUGACCGUCCGGGACAGCGCCGAACCUCAGGGCUCUGCUCCCAUCGCUGCCUCGAAUCAUGGCCCGCCGUCAUCACAGCAGAAACAGUCCAUUCCUGCCUCCAUUCCGCCACCAAGUGGUGAAGAGUGUGAACUACGACCUGAUACCUACCUCCUUCGUUAUCUGAAGGAAUGUCCACAGGCAGGGAGAGAGCUAGAGAGGGAACUUGCCUCUAUGGACUGCACUGCUCAGCUGUUCCCAGAAGAGGGCAGGCUUAUAGUCAGGAGAUCAGCUCAACCUGGUGCUGGAGAUGAAAGUAGAAGUUUGAAAGCUGAGGUAGACAAACUGUUACUUGGCUACCGCUGCCACUUUGAGUUUGACCCUCCCAAAGUCAAAGCUUUGCUUCAGUCCAGCAGCUCUCGUCAGACCGCAGAUGAUGUGAGGGAGUACCCUGAAAUCGGGAUGGUGGUUGUGGUUGGAAAACAUUCACAGGUUAAUGCCAGAUUGAUGGAUAUUGAGGAAUUGAUGGUUCAAUGUCGAAAGUCCCGUUCUGGUGAGAAGCAAACCAGCAUCCAUCGAUUCAGUGAGGCUAAACUCCGCCUCCUCUGGAGAGAGAUUGAGGAGAGUUUGGGACAACGCUUUCCAGAACUUAAGGUCACACGGAGAGAUGCAGGUCAGGUAGCUUUAGAAGGUUUUUUGAAGGAUGUUGUUGAGGCUGGAGAUUGGAUCUCUGAUAAAGAGAACCUGGUGUUAGAAAGGAGAGUUUCUAACAUGAGCCCACAUCUUUUGGCCUUCGUAGGGAAGGCUUAUGGAGAUCCAGGGGCGCUGCGGGACUUUCUAGGGGUCGGUGACAAGGUGGAAAUAGAGUUACGAGACACAGAGCUUCGUUUCCUCUCCCUCUCACCUGAUAAACUGGACGACCCAGCAAAUAAAAUGCAAGAAAAGUUCAAGGAAAUCAAGAUUGACCUUCCUAAUAGCUCUGCUGUUCCAUCUGAACUUCGGGAAAAGCUCAAGUCCAAAACCGCUGAGAUGAACCAAGGGCAGCAAAGGGCUCAGUCAGUGUUUUAUGCAGACAGCACAGUGUGCCUACUAGGCCACACCAAAGAAGUUGAAGAGUUGAAUGAAACUGUCAUUCAGUAUAUUUUGGACCAGUCGAGCAUAGAAGGCAAAGUCAAUCUUCGUUUUCCAGAGUUAGUGCAACUCUUACCAGAACUGCUACAGCUGCAUUCAUUUGACUUUUCGGGGGUCAGACUCCAUACUUUCACUUCUGCCUCUGGGCCCAUGGUGGCGCUUGAAGGUCCAUCCGGAAAAGUGACCGAGGUUAGGAACAGGCUGGGUCCAUUUCUCAACUCCCUUGUUCAGGGCAGAGUCCCCAUCAACCUGCCAGGCGCUCUGAGGUAUUUUGAAAGUCCCUCUGGAAGAGAGAACAUUUUACGUGUUGCUCAUUCUCAGAAGUGUCUCAUACAGCUUCAAGUCCAACCUCACAUGAGACUGAACUUGGAAUCUGGUGCACGGUUGAGCGAUGGAGUGACAAUAGUUGCAAGCCACAACAUAUGUGAUGGACUCCAGGUUGUGGUGUGUCACGGUGACAUCACUAAAGUAGUUGCUGAUGCCCUGGUUAACGCUGCCAAUGCAGACCUGGAGCACUCCGGCGGUGUUGCUGCUGCACUGAGCAAAGCAGGUGGUCCUGAAGUACAAAGGGAGAGUAAGACUAUAGUAAAGCAGAUCGGGGAAGUUCCUACAGGUGACGUGGUGGUGACCACAGGGGGGAACUUGCAGUGCAAGAAACUGCUGCAUGCUGUUGGACCUGUAUUUGGAAAAGUUGGUGGCAGAGAAAGGUCCUUGCUGGAACAAACUGUCCAGUCUGCUCUGAAUAUGGCAGAGAGGAUGGAGCUCAGGUCUGUAGCCAUACCCUGUAUCAGCUCGGGUAUAUUUGGUGUUCCUGUGAACGUGUGCUCUGAGGCUAUCGUGACGGCUGUGAAAGAGUUUUGCACUCAGGGAGGACGAAGUCUGAGCACAGUCAUCCUGAUCGAUAACAGAGCAGAGGUGGUGAGGGCCUUGCAGGAAGCAUGUGACAGGCUCUUCCAAGGGAUAAGUACCGGAAACAGUCCACCUCGUGAUCUGAGGUUCCAGACGGACGCUGCAGGAGGAGACACGACAAGAGGAGCCACUGCUGGAGCUCCUGGAGACAAUGUCCAUGUUGAGAUUGUUCAGGGAACCAUUGAGACCCAGCAGGUGGAUGGCUUGGUGUCUCCUAUGGUCGGCCAUGACCCUCUCUCUACCCGCAUUGGGAACAGCUUGCUCAAUGUGGUCGGACCUCAGCUGACUACAAGGUUUUCUCAAAAUGCAGGAGGAGCAAUGAUACCUGGUGCCAUAGUCCUGGUGGAGGGCUUGUCUGCGCCGGGGUGUAAAGCCGUGAUCUUUCUUAACCUUCUCCCCUGGGAUAAUAACCAAAAUGGAACUGCAGUCCAGGUUCUGAGACAAGGCAUCAGAAAAGUUCUGGCUUCCUGUGAGGAUAAAGGCUUUCACUCAGUGGCUCUCCCCGUCCUCGGGACCGGUGUUCUCCUGCGCUUUCCUCACUCCGUGGCAUCCAGGACUCUUCUGGAGGAGGUCCUUGUAUUUCAACAGAGCCGAGCCAGCAGAUCAGCUUUCCUGGUCCGUGUUGUCAUUCAUCCCGGGGACAAAGAAUCUAGCAAGGCGUUCCAAUCGGCUCAGGAAACUGUGCAUGUCAGGGGAUUCAGAAAUGAUUCUAAUCCAGAUCAAGCUUCCUUUUACCGAAAAGUCUCUGGGACUAAUAAUGAGGUCACAGCCAUGCUGGGUGGAGUCAAACUUCAGAUGGUCCUUGGCGACAUCGUAACAGGGGGCACUGAUGUCAUCGUCAACACAACUGACUUCAAAACUCAUUCGGGUGUCUCCAGAGCUCUUCUGUCUGCAGCAGGGCCGCAGGUUCAAGCACAGUUAGCACAAGUGGGCAUUCCUGCCGACUACAUGUGCACCACAGGACCCGGGUUGCUUGGUUGCAGAGAAAUCAUCCAUGCUAGUUUCAGGAGUGACCCUGAGGUGAUUCAAAAGAACUGCAAGAAGAUCCUGAAGCAGUGUGAGAGCAAAGGCUACAGCUCAGUGUCCUUCCCAGCCAUCAACACUGGCGUGGCUGGUAUGGACUCUGUGAGAGCUUGUAAAGCCAUGCUGGACGGCAUGGCGGCAGCUGUUAGGGACAUGACACUGACUUCACUCUCCCUCAUCCGCGUCGUCAUCCUGCAACAACCAGUCUUCCACGUGUUCAGAUCAGAGCUGGAGAGUCGCUUUGGAAAACCGGCCCCUUCCCGCCUCACCCUGAGAGAAAAAGCUAAACAGAUUCUCAAGAAGAUGCGGGAGAAAGGUUCAAGAGCUUUAUCAUCUUCAGCACCACAAGGGAAAACCAUCUCGUCAAAGCCUCAGCCGGCCGUGCUCAGUGUGAUCUGCUGCGGCCCAGACAUCAUUGACGCCAUCGAGAGGGAUCUGGAGGGCCCCCUGCAGAAGCAGCUGAUAGAGAGAGAGGUCAAGAGGCAUGACUUUUCCUCGCUCGAUGACAUGGAGCUGGAGGCCGUGCUAGCGAAGGUCAGAGGCUUCGGAAUAAGUCUGGAAUUGAGGAGCCAUCAAAGUUCAGAGAGUGCGAGAUCAGGAGUCACAACGAGAGCUGAAGCCAGAAAUCGGUCAGCUGCGGCAGAAGAGAUCUACGUGCUGCGAGGCCUGAAAGAGGAUGUGUUGAGCACCACUGAACUGAUAAACAGAGCGAUACACGAAGCACUUUACAAAGACCUCCAGGACAAAAAAGAGGCAAUGCUGGCUUACAAUGUGCAGUGGUUGAUCCAGGACGCAGAGGAAGGCUGGCAGGAGCUGAGCCUGCAUGAGAACUUUCUGCUGGAGGACGCUCACGUCAACAAGCAAGUGUGUGCAGAAGUGACGGCACGAGACGCAACAGUGCUGAGGGUAAACCUGAGGGCACUGGAGGCCACAAACUGGCAAACUGGGCAGACGUUCAAAGUGAAAAGGAGCGAGACUGGGACAACCCUCGAGUUACCAACGAAUUGGGAACCGAUGGAUGAAGAAGUCUUUAAAAAGGUGGAGCUGAACCCUAACUCACAAGAGUAUCAGGUCGUCGCACAGGGUUUCCUCAAAACGGCUAAAUACAACAUUCGAAAGAUCGAGCGCGUGCAAAACCUCUACCUCUGGCAGGCGUUCUCUGUGUGUAGGCAGCGGAUAUUUUUCAAGAACGGCAGAGAAGAAGAACAACUCGGUGAGAAGUCGCUCUAUCACGGCACCUCAGCGGAGUCGUGCAACUGCAUAGAAAAGGACAGAUUCGACCGGAACUACGCAGGAACACAUGCUGCCGUUCGUGGAAAAGGAGUUUACUUUGCUGUCAACGCAGAGUAUUCGGCCAAGAACUUCUCCCCACGGGACACAUCCGGCCUGGGGCGCCUGUACGUCGCUCGUGUCCUGACCGGCCGAUACACAGUCGGCAAAGCUGAGAUGAAAGCCCCGCCUCCUCGUGGCACAGACCCCACGGACUGCUUCGACAGCUUGGUGGACAAGCUGCAGAGUCCCGCCAUGUUUGUGGUCUUCCACGACGACCAGGCCUACCCAGAAUACCUCAUCACCUUCACCUGAGGGCAGCCGUCGGUGUUCAGGCGCUGCGACGACGAUCGUUGACAGAGCAGUUAAUCUCGGUUCACGUUUCGCUUCAGAUAGGAUUAUUGUGUUUGUGUUUCAGGAACGUAGAAGCAGUGUAGUGGUGGCAUUUUAGCGUAAUAAGAACGACACUGCAACAGAUUUUAAACAAAAAACAAAACAGUGCUGUGCUACAGAGACACUCCAUUACUUCAGAUUUGUCUUGUUAUCUAAUUAAGCUUUGCACAAUAACUUUUACAUUUAUAUAAUGAUAGUGCUUUACGAGUUAGUGUGUUUUCAUCUGUUUUAAUGCAACACUUUUCAACCUGAAAGCAGCAGCUUGGUGAAAGUGAGUCUGAUGUGUGAGUGUGAACAUG